ACACACACCCAAGAGAGAGAGAGAGAGAGAGAGAGAGAGAGAGAGAGAGAGCGCCAAAAAGUACUCUUUCAGUACCGAAGAGCAACAAAAGAAUGACGACGAUUAGAAGAUUUUGCUGCAACGAUCUCCUCCGAUUUGCAUCAGUGAAUCUCGACCAUCUCACCGAAACUUUCAACAUGUCAUUCUACAUGACCUAUUUGGCUCGGUGGCCCGAUUAUUUUCACGUGGCUGAAGCUCCUGGAAAUCGAAUUAUGGGCUACAUAAUGGGAAAGGUUGAAGGACAAGGAGAGUCGUGGCAUGGUCAUGUAACAGCAGUAACUGUGGCUCCUGAAUAUCGAAGGCAACAAUUGGCCAAGAAACUGAUGCACCUACUUGAGGACAUUAGUGACAAGAUUGACAAAGCUUACUUUGUGGAUCUGUUUGUGAGAGCUUCAAAUAUACCUGCCAUCAAGAUGUAUGAGAAGCUUGGCUAUAUAGUUUAUAGACGCGUACUUCGAUAUUACUCCGGAGAGGAGGAUGGGUUGGAUAUGAGGAAGGCUUUAUCAAGGGAUGUGGAGAAGAAGUCUGUUAUUCCUCUCAAACGGCCAGUUACUCCAGAUGAACUGGAAUAUGAUUAGAUUUGCUUACUGAGGUACUGCGGCCCAAAGACUUCUGUGCUCACUGCUUGUCUGUGUGUCGUGUAAUUUGAAGAUAUGCAAUUUUUUGUUCGGGGUUUGUAAUUCUUGUCUUGGAAACAUAUACAAUUUUGGUUAUUUUGUAAUCUGGUGUCUUGGAAACAAUGUAUUUUUUGGUUAUUCUGCAUAAAUAAUGUUUCGAUUUAUUCGUACUCUAAUUUUGGUAUUAAUCUCAAUAAGAUGGACAAGUUUGAGAUUGGUAUAUUAA